AUGGCAGAUCCUAAUUCUCCACCACAAAUGGCUUCAUCACAGUUUUCAACCACCGCUCGUCCACCACUAACAUCUCCACAUUCAUCAACAUCAUCAUCUAUAUCAAUAGCUCAUCCACAACCGUCACCAACUACGUUACCAUAUAUUCCACAACCUUUAUCAAUUGCUCCUCCACCAAUACCAUCAUCUGCACAGCCUUUAUCAAUAGUUCAACCACCACUAUCAUUAUCGCGUCCACUAGUAUCAUUACCAUUGAAUUCAUUCAUAGAUUUUAAUAAAAUACACCUUGAUAACAAGCCACAUUUACCACUGAAUCCACUUAUAGAUUUAAACCAAGACGCCAAACAAAAUCAGGCUUGCAUCGACGAGUUCCUCCUUCACAACAGGAGAAACUUUGCACGGAGUGAAGUGCCGGUGAGAAUCAUGUUCUUCAAAAACAAGGUCUGGGAUGAUUUCAAAGGUGAAGUAUUGGAGUCUCUACGAAACGGUUUUGCAAGUGGAAAGACAAUUGUGCCUUUAAAGAUUGAAGGCUUAAAGUACGCCUUCGAUUUUUUACGCAUGCUACAAGUCCACGUUCGAACAAAGAGCCAUAGAUCCAUUGCAUGGUUUGACGAAAACGGUAAACCAUUCUUUCCUGGAAAAUUUAUCGAUUGUGAUUUCUCAAAAAUAGCUAAAACUAAUGAUGCUGAUAGAAUCAAUACGAAAAAACUCGAUUCUGACAACGAUGACGAAGUUGUUAUUGUUGGAGUCAAACAUGCAUCAAAGUUUCCAAACACAAGACUAUUGAGUAAGACUGAAAAUACAUACUUAUAUAUAAACAAUUUGUUCAUGGACAAUAUUGGCAACAUUGAUCCUAAUGCCAGUAUCAUAAGUAUUCAUGAUCUACAUAUCCUUAGCCCCAUUGCAAGGGCUCGUUGGAGUGUUUUCGAAAAGCAAAUGGAGAUUACAGAAGCUGCAAGAGGUAAGGCAAAUGUCGUUUAUGGUUGGUAUGCAGCUUCGGAAGAGAAAGUUGUAUCCAUUUUCAGCAAUGGCUUUAAGUUAAUCAGAAAUUAUCCUGAAGUGCGCCCGUCCAUUGGAGCUGGUAUUUUUUUGGCCGACUUAAAGUCACCUCAGUACAGCGGGAUGCAACAUCAGGUGGAGAAAGACGAAGAGAAAUAUCUCGUACUUUGUCGAAUUGUGUUGGGAAGGAUGGAAAGAGUUGAUCUUGAGACUCAUCAAACUCAAAUUUCUAAUAAAGGCUAUGACAGUGGUUGUGAUGAUCCUAAAAACCCUCAUUGGUAUGUGGUUUGGGGCAAUGAUAUCAACAAGCGUGUACUUCCGGUUUGUGUCAUCACAUGCAAAACUUCUGUUAUUAAAGAUGUGGUAUGGGAAAUGAAACCAGUGGAAAUGACUAUGGUUCCUAGGUUUUAUUUAGAGAUGAAGAAACGAGUACCUAUUGAAUUCAUUCCUCCACUUCAAGAUAUAUAUGAUAUCUAUAAGAAGGAUGGUAUGAACAUGGAAGUGUUUAAGAAACACGUGAGAGCACUUCUUGGUAAUCAAUGGAUGGCGCAGAUAUUUAAGGAAAUUUAUGAUGGAGAGAUUUGA